CUGGCUCAGUUCAUUUGUAAGAUGCCUCAUCUCAGGGAACUUAAUCUUGGUUCUUAUCUAAACAGUCCGAAAUUUCAUGACGAGUUCUAUUCAACAUUAUCAUCCUUGGCAUCGUCUGCAAAGAUUGAGCGUCUUGAUAUCAAGUACAUUGAUCUCAGUCAAUGUCAGUCUGCAUCACGUGAUCUGGCUCAUUUCAUUUGUAAGAUGCCUCAUCUCAGGGAACUUAAUCUUGUUCCUCAUCAAAACAGUGCGGAAUUUCAUGACGAGUUCUAUACAACAUUAUCAUCCUUAGCAUCGUCUGCAAAGAUUGAGAUUCUUCAUCACAAUAAGCAUCUCAUCAUCAAACGUGCAUCUGCAUCACGUGAUCUCGCUCAGUUCAUCUGUAAGAUGAAACAUCUGAAGAACCUCAAACUCUACGGUCGGUAUCAUGAUGACUUCUUCUCAACAGCAUCGUCGAUGGCAUCAACUUCAAAGAUUGAGAUUCUUCAUCACCAUGAGUAUCUCAUCAAACGUCCAUCUGCAUCACGUGAUUUCGCUCAGUUCAUCUGUAAGAUGAAUCAUCUGAAGAACCUCACACUCUACGGUCGGUAUCAUGAUGACUUCUUCUCAACAGCAUCGUCGAUGGAAUCAACUUCAAAGAUUGAGACGCUUAAACUCGAUGCAAAUCUCAGUAAACGUCCGUCUGCAUCAAGUGAUCUUGCUCAGUUCAUCUGUAAGACGAAUCAUCUGAAGAACCUCACACUCUACGGUCAGUAUCAUGAUGAUUUCUAUUCAACAUCAUCGUCGAUGGCAUCAAGUACAAAGGAUGAAUGCAACACAAGCUCUAAUGUGACUGAUCUGACCAUCAAUGAUGAGACACUAGAAGGAUGGCAGGAUUGUGGAUCGAUGUUUGACAAUGUGAAGAGGAUCACCAUACAGGUAUUGGACACGAUCAGAUGUGACGUCAUCCGCAGGAUUCAUCUACCGGCAGCGACAGAGCUCACCAUUCAAACACGUAAGCGUGUGUUAUACCCGGCUUCUCUCCACGAUGAUCCCACCUCACUACCCAAUGCUGUCCACAAGGUCUCAUCUCAGCUUGUCAAAGUCACAUUCACAGAUCUCAAAAUCGAUAACGAGCAGGCCGAACGCAUCAUUCAAGCUUUCAGAUCGACACACGAUCUCAAAUAUCUGAGGAUCCUAAGAUUCAUACGAUGUGGGACUGAUGGGAGAUUAGAUCGUUCUAGUAUUGAUUCCGAUGAUGAACACAACAUAACGGUGGAGAUGGUACAUGGCAAGCGAGUUGGUAAUCUCUUUUGAAGAUGGAGUUGCGGCAUCAAGGUCAAGAAGAAUCAGAAGAUCAUAACAUUAAAACAUGUUAUGCCAGCCAGCAAGAAGCCAAGAGUUAAUUCAUUUAGAAGUACCAUAAUUGGAACAGUUUUACUGAUAAAGAAGCUCCCACACCUCAACCAUUUGUUAAUGCGUCGGUUGAAUCAUGGACGUGCAUGUAUUACAGAUGGACAUUCAACGCUUCAUCGAACAAGAUCCACCGCCACAUGAUUUUGUGCAUCUUAAUGAUAAUAUAUAUGUGUUCUGUCAAUAGCUAGUACCAAUGCGUAUCUGAUUAUAUUUACAAAGACACAGCUUUCCUGGUUUUGGUUUUGCGGGCUGAUGCCAUGUGUUAGAGACCGCUUUUUGAUCAACAUGCUUUAGAUUUGAAGCAGCAACAUUAAGCAGACGAUUUUUGUCGAUAAAAUAAAAUAUAUUUUAUCUGCACACUUCUGCACGCACGCAAUUACCUCAAUGACCUCAAUAAAAUUAAUCGAUAAACGCUCUCUACAUGAUAUGAGCCUUGCGUGUCUUGAAUAUUGGGAAUGAAAUUUGAAAAAUGGGAUUACAAAUAUAAGGCAAUCAAUCACAAUAUUGCCUCUCUUAAAAUAUGCAUAAUUUUUCCAAAUAAAACACAUGUAACUGAUAUUUCCAAAGGUAAACCAGAACUGCACAUCGAUUUUCUAGGAUUUAAGUGAUUCAUCAAUUUCUGCACAUGCAGUUUGUGCAAUAUCAAUGUCUUAUCACGAACUGCUUCUUUCGACCCAAAGCCUAAUUGACGGCGGAACACGGUAGGAUGAAAGUAGAAAAAAAAUAUGAAGAGGAUUAUAUUCAGAGCAGUAUCCAUCUGUAAUAGGUACAUGGUUAAAUGAUCAACUUGUCCGUGACCCUGCGUAAUACUGGGGAUCUUUUAAAUGCACAACGGAUCAAAGAAAGGGCGUUAUAGAAAAAAUAAAAAUAUUAUGGUCAAUUUAUAUAGCGCAGCUACUAUAAUUGCAUAUGCUCUACCGCGUUUGAUACUUGGUAUCAUAUUAUUACCCCUGCUCUAGCUGAGCCGCCAUAUAGGCACUAAAGCAUUAAAGGAACCUACCAGGUACCCAUUUACCUUAACCGGGUCGAAUGCAGCACAAUAUGGAUAAAUUAAUUGCUUAAAGGUCAAGUUAACCUGAGAAAGAUGUUGAUUUGAAUCAAUAGAGAAAAAUCAGGCAAGCACAAUGCUGAAAAUUUCAUCAAAAUCGGAUGUAAAAUGAGAAAGUUAUGACAUUUCAAAAUUUCGCUUAUUUUUAACAAAAUAGUUAUGUGAACGAGCCAGUUACAUCCAAAUGAGAGAGUUGAUGAUGUCACUCACUCACUAUUUCUUUUGUUUUUUAUUGUUUGAAUUAUACAAUAUUUCAAUUUUUACGAAUCUGACGAUUAGGACAUCCUUGCCUGAAGCACAAAAUGUUAAAAUAUUGGAAUUCCACAUGUUCAGGGAGGAAUAAAACUUCAUUUCACAUGACAAUGACGAGAAAAUCUAAAUAUUUCAUAUUUCAUAUAAUAAAAUACAAAAAAAAUAGUGAGUGAGUGAUGUCAUCAGUUCCUCAUUUGCAUACCAACCGAGAUGUGCAUAUAACUGUUUUGUGAAAUGAAGCAAAACUUUAAAAUGCCAUAACUUUCUUAUUUUACAUCCGAUUUUGAUGAAAAUUUCAGUGUUAUGCUUGUUGGAUUUUUCUCUUUUUAUUCAAAUCAAGUUUUUGUUGGGGUGGACUUGUCCUUUAGGGAAAAGUUUGUGCAGUAUCAAUGUGUUAUCACGAACUGCUUCUUUCACCCCAAAGCCUAAUUGACGGCGAAACACGGUAGGAUGAAAGUAGAAAAAAAUAUGAAGAGGAUUAUAUUCAGAGCAGCAUCCAUCUGUAAUAGGUACAUGGUUAAAUCAUAGAGCUAUUUUAGCUCCAUGGUUAAAUGAUAAACUUGUCCGUGACAUGGGCCGCGGAACGAUUUUGAAAGUGCUGGGGAGGGGGCGGCGCUGACCAUGCGCAAUCGAUGACAUCGUAAUUGUUACGUUUUGUGCACGGAUUUGGAGAAAAUAAGUUCGGGUUGAAGCCCCGCCCCUCUUCCGCGUCCCCGGUUACGCGGACCCUGCGUAAUACUGGGGAUCUUUUAAAUGCACAACGGAUCAAAGAGAGAGCGUUAUAGAAAAAAAAUAAUAAAAAUAUUAUGGUCAAUUUAUAUAGCGCAGCUAUACUAUAAUUGCAUAUGCUCUACCGCGUUUAAUACUUGGUAUCAUAUUAUUACCCCCUGCUCUAGCUGAGCCGCCAUAUAGGCGCUAAAGCAUUAAAGGAACCUACCAGGUACCCAUUUACCUUAACCGGGUCGAAUGCAGCACAAUAUGGAUAAAUUCAUUGCUUAAGGAAAACUCGCCAUGGCUAGGAUUUGAACCCACGUCCCUCUGAUUGAAAUACGAGAGUUGUAACCACUAGUCCACGACACCCCCCCCCAGAAAAAUUGUAAAAUAAUAAAUGAAUGGAUCUACAAAAGGCAUCCACUAUUUGAUCUCCGCAUUCUCAUUCCUAUGAAAUUUAGGACAAUGUAUGCUGCGUAUGUUUGGAUCCAGUUUAUUUUAAGUCAUCUGUCCUCCUCGCUUCCUGUCGUGCUUUCUCAUACCUAUAGUUUAAUGAGUCAAAGAUUUGAGAGGAUGCCUCACGGUGAAGGGAACAGUCGAGUCAACCCCGACAAAAAAGUAAUGUAAAAGAAAGCCGAAAAAAAUGCUGAAACUCAAUCGGUUGCGGAAGAAGAAAGUUACAAUUUUAAAGACUUACUAACUUUUACAAAAGAGUGGUUAUCCCCAUCCUGGUCGCUGUGCAAAUGAGGAAUUAAUACAGUAAUUCAGUAACCGACUCAUUAUUCCUGUUGUUAUUAAGUAUCUUUCUAUGUUCAAUUGCAACCUAUUGUGAUUUAAUGGCAAUUGAUUUUUCAAUGUUAAAUAAUUCAUACAUUGGAUGAUAAAAUUCAAAAGAAAUAAUGAGUUUAAGAUACCCUGCUCAGCUUGGCGUGAUGACUGAUUUUGGGGAAAAAGCGAGACUCUUAAAAAGCUGUAUAACUUAUUAAACUUUUUUUAACGUCGGUCCAUAUUUUACAUCCGAUUUUGAUAAAAAUUUCCCAUGUUACUUUUUUGGAUCCCCUAUUUCAUUCAAAUUAAUCCUCUUGGAGGUAAACGGGUCCCUUAUAACUAUUUUUGACCAACUGAAUCAAAAGAGUCGAAGAAAAAAAAAACCCAUCAUAACCACUGCAGCUGUAAGACCGUCCUCUAUUCUACCGAGGAUUGUAUUUGACCGAAUAUUGUCAUUGUUUAAACUUUUCUAUUAGAUAUUUCAUUUCUACCGAUCAGUUAGAACCUUUCUUUAAGAAAUGAAUGGACGCUCGUAUGCAAUUAAUAUAUGAUGCCUGAUACGAAAAUCAUUAUGCUAAUUUCUUUUUUAAAGAUGCAGUUUUCAAUGAGCUUAUACGUUGUUAUAAUCUUGGUUAGAAACAAGCAAUCAUUUUGAUGUGUGAUAUGAGGUCGAAUGUCGCAUGUACAUGCACAUGUAUAUCGUCUGUAUAUAGGGUAGCUACAUGGUUUUUGUACCAAACAUAAUUUAAGCAGAGAAAUGCAAACUAAUAUGUUUAUCAAAAUAAUAAAUUAGAAUUUUGUAUUGCCGAUCACAUCAUUGGUUCAAUACCAUGUUCUUCAGCAUGUUAUGUAAUGUAUAAAUUGAUGGGCUGACCAAACGAAACAAACUCCGAUUACUUUAUUUUAUCGCACAAAUUCAUUUAAUUUUUCAUAUCUUCAUUCCUAUUUCCCGCGAUUGCGUAUAAUGUUCUUGACAUAAUAAGUAGUACAAUACAAUGAAAAUAUUUACGUACGAUCAUGCAAACUGGUUAUGAAUGGAAGAUGCUGUCAAAAAAGUUUGUAGACUGCAGCCUUCUUCUAAAAUAUUAUUGUAAAUAGUAUCAAUAAUUAAAAAAAACACAGUAAGAAAAAGAAAAAAACAUGCAAGUGGCAUGAAAUUAAAAUUAAGUGACACAAAAGAGAUCAAGAUAACAAUUUUUGUCAAUACAGGGCAGUAAAAUGAAUGUAAAGUGCGUAACAAACAUGCAUGGAAAACCUUGAACGGGCGUGCAGGACAAGAUGGGUAAUCAGUCAUUAAUGAUUAAUUAAUGAGAAUGCGGAGAUGAGUUGAAAUAAAGCACGGAUUAUAUUCAACAAUCUCUAGAAACUCACAAUAUUGCUGGCUACUGUAUUUGUAUCAAGUCGCACAGUAUCGGAUGUAAAUGGUAAAAGUGGUGUAUGUAUAUAUGUGUAAAGACUAUCAUGUUACCCUAACGUAAUUCUAUGUUUCGUUCAAUGCUUUUUUGUGAAUUAUUUUACAUUACUAGCUGUAAUUAUUUAUCAUGCCCCGCCAAAAGAAGUUUGAAAUGACUUUUGGCUCACACAUGGGUCUCGAGUUAGAGAUAUGCAGGACAUAUAUUUCCAUAUGUCCGAAUUCGUGUUGCCAUGGUAACAACAUACAGCUGGGGCAUUGAUCCCCUUUAGUGAUAGUUCUAGUUUGUUAUUAUGUUUGAAGUCAUUGUAGACUUCAAACAUAAGAACAAACUAUGGGUCGUGACACAUUGUCGUAUAUACAUUAAUUUUGUAUGUCUAUAGCCUUACAGUGUAAUUUCGUCAAAUUUGUAUAUAGUUUUUUUUUUUAUAAAGUUUUCUACGAUUUCUACUGCUCCGGGUAUGAUCAUCAGCAUGUAAAAUAAUAUUUCAAUUGAAGGUCAUGUACUUGAGGAAUAAUACAAGACUGUUUUAACGUUGUACAUUUUACUAUUUCGAGGCCCAGUUCCGAUGUUUAGUUUAGUUUAAUACUCGAGUUCUAGCCAACAGAAACAAAACCAAUUGCUUUUUGAUGCAACAUGCAACAUGCUGCAUAGAAAUCAAAUCAAUACAUUUGUAUUCUAAAUAUGUUUUUAAAGAAAAAAAACCCAUCAUAAUAAUAAAGUUGGGCGUGGUCGCAUCUUUACUAACUGUAUUUUCUAACAAGUAUACAAUGUCAUGUUUUUUUUAAGGGCGAGAAGGGGAAUAAUGUUGCUACAAGAUUAGUGUGUUUAUGACGUGUGUUGCAUACUGUUUACUAGUGCUUAUUGUCCCUAACAAACAUCGUGGGUGUUGUUGAUAAAUAAUUGAUGAGUGUAAAUGACGCCUGGAUUUAGCCCUGGAAUUGACGUCGAUCCUACGACCCUCUAAUUGACAAUGAAGAAUCAGAACCACUACUAGUUUCUGUUAUCAUCCAAUUUUAUUUUGACUUGCUGACAUAUUUAAACUUUGUAUACUCUCUAUUGCUUUAUUUCUUGUGAUUCCUUUUAUUUGUAAUAUAUGUUUACAUUGCUGAGUGAAAAUAACACCUGAGGUAAGAUUCGAUCCUACGACCCGAUGAUUUAAUAUGAAGAAUCAAAACCACUACUAUUAUCUGUUAUCGUCCAGGCUUAUUUUGCCUCUCUGAAAUGUUGUAUACUCUAUAUUGUUUAAUGUUUUGUGAUUCUUUUUAAUUUGUAAUUUAUGUUUACAUUGCUGAGUGAAAAGAACGCCUGAGGUAAGAUUCGAUCCUAUGACCCGAUGAUUGAGUAGGAAGAAUCAAAACCACUUCUAAACCUAUCAUCUAGGUUUAUUUUGACUUGCUGACAUAUUUCAACUUUGUAUAUUUCAAUUUUGUAUACUUUAUAUUGCUUAAUGUCUUGUGAUUCUUUUUAAUUUGUAAUUUAUGUUUAUAUGUUGCUGAGUGAAAAUAACGCCUGAGGUAAGAUUCGAUCCUACGACCCGAUGAUUUAAUAGGAAGAAUCAAAACCACUAAUAUUAUCUGUUAUCAUCCAAGCUUAUUUUGCCUCGCUGAAAUGUUGUAUGCUCUAUAUUGUUUAAUGUUUUGUGAUUCUUUUUUAUUUGUAAUUUAUGUUUAUAUUGCUGAGUGAAAAGAACACCUGAGGUAAGAUUCGAUCCUACGACCCGAUGAUUGAGUAGGAAGAAUCAAAACCACUUCUAAACCUAUCAUCUAGGUUUAUUUUGACUUGCUGACAUAUUUCAACUUUGUAUAUUUCAAUUUUGUAUACUUUAUAUUGCUUAAUGUCUUGUGAUUCUUUUUAAUUUGUAAUUUCUGUUUUAGUAGAGCGGUUAUGUGACAAAAAAUGGCCAAGAUGCUCGGAUCUGGCAGAAAGUGUCAAAUUUGGCAUACAGGGGUAUUUUUGGGCGCUGAUUUCAAAAAUUGCCGGCCCCAAGCGAUUUGAUCAUCGGGUAAGCCGCCAUUUUGAAAUCCAAAAUGGCCGCCAUGAAAAAUCAUUAAAUGUCAUUUUCUUGAGUUUUACAUGGUAUGUGACACUGAAAUUUGGCAUAUAUGGGUAUUUUGAGGCACUGAUUUCAAAUAUUGCCGGCCCCCAGCAAUUCGACCAUUUGUUCAGAGGCAAAAUGGCCGCCAUCUUGAAAUCCAAGAUGGCCGCCAUGAUAUAAUAUUGCAAUCAUUUUCUCGAGUUUUAUAUGAACUGCGGUACUAAAAUUUGGCAUAUAGGCUUAAUUUGGGGUGCUGAUUUCAAAAAUUGCCGGCCCCAAGCGAUUUGACCAUCGGGUCGGCCGCCAUUUUGAAAUCCAAAAUGGCCGCCAUGAAAAAUCAUUAAAUGUCAUUUUCUUGAGUUUUACAUGGCAUGUGACACUGAAAUUUGGCAUUUAGGGGUAUUUUUAGGCACUGAUUUCAAAUAUAUCCGCCCCCCCAGCAAUUCGACCAUUUGUUCAGAGGCAAAAUGGCCGCCAUCUUGAAAUCCAAGAUGGCCGCCAUGAUAUAUUAUUGCAAUCAUUUUUUCGAGUUUUAUGUGAACUGCGGUAUUGAAAUUUGGCAUAUAGGCUUAAUUCGGGGUGCUGAUUUUAAAUAUUGCCGGCCCCAAGUGAUUUGACCAUCGGUUCGGCCGCCAUUUUGAAAUCCAAGAUGGCCGCCAUGCAUAUCGAAAAAUAAGACCCCAAAUUUCUUCUCCCUUUCACUGCAAACGUUCGAGUGCACUUAAGCGUAUCACCAAUACAUAAAGACACGUCGAUAGGGGUGCAUGGUAGAUAUACAUGUCGGGUGAACAAUGGAUGCGAAGGGUGACCGUUGUUGUAUGAGCUUGAUUUCACCCUCCAUGGAAUACACUAUUCCACCAUGCACACAGAUUUGUCAUGGUACUAUCGCCAAUCCUUGCUACGAGUCUGAAACUGCGUAGAUUUCCCGUUUUACAGGCAAAACGAUGGGAGCUAUAUCGUAUAUGAUAGAUUUCAACAACUGAACUUUUCUUGCAAAUUAUAUAUCGUGGAAUUCAUAAUUUUUCGACAAGAAAAUGUAAAAUUUCGAGCUAAACAAUGUAUAUCGUCAUGGGUUCGAUGGCUAAAAAUGAAACACAAAAUGUGUGCCUGGAACGUGCGGUACGGGCACAUUGCGGAAGCCCCAUUGAAUACUGUAUAAAAACGGGCUUACGCACGUGCAUAUAUUAUUGUGGUCUUGGGUGAAAUUAUGUUGUGUCUUUUGAUUAGAUGGUAAAUAACCAAGUGUUUUCAAGCAAUCAAAACUAUGUAUCAUCAGUCGAAAGAGAAGAAAAUAAGCUUUCUUUUGGCGUCCGAGUUACUUUCUACACGUGUUUUAAGUUUGAUGGAAUCGCCCACAACUGGGAUUUCCCUGUGAUCUCCAUAGACUUCUCUCUAAUUCAGUAAUGUUCAUCCAAUUUAUGGCAGCCAUAUUGAAAUCCAAGAUGGCUGCCAUAAAAAAAAAUCAUUAAAAAAUAAGUAUCAUAAUUAUAACGUAGUUAUUAUUUUGAAAUUUGGCAUUUUUGGAUAACCAUCGUGUGUUCGACAAUCUGACAAUGGGAGCAUGUUCGCCUCUCGAUCGGGAGAUCAGGAGAUCAAACUCCGACAGCAUCAGAUCAAAAGAUGUUAAAAGAGGGGAGUUCCUUCUAACCUGUUUGGCGGUAAACGAAUUAAAAAGAAGUUCAACCUGACAAAAAGUUUAUUGAAACAAUAACAGAAUAAAUAAUGAAAAAAUAUUGAAGGUUUGAGGAAAUUCCAUCAAAUAUUAAAAAACUAUUGGAAUUUCAUUUGGUCUAUUUGUGACGUCAGAUGCAAGCAGUUCCCCCAUGUCUCUUAUAGUACAAAAUCAAUGAAAUGUAGCCUCCUAAAAAAAUGAAAAUGUUUUUAUUGAAGCCUCGGUGUAUCAACAAACAAAUGAUUUCACACCCGCUCCAGAAAGAUAAAAAAAUACCCAUGAUGAACCAUUUAUGCAUUUUAUAUCACAUAACAUAAUGGGGCAGCUGCUCGUACAGUAGCCUAUAUGACGUCACAAAUCAAAAACUUAAAAUUCUAAUAUCUUUGAUGGAUCCCCCAAUAUCAUUUUUAUAUCAUAUUUUCUUUUGUUUUUACAACAAACUUCUCCGGGUGAACUCCCCUUUUCAAGGGAUAGAGCAACGUCUGAUGUGGCGCUGCUAAAUUGCUGCCGGGCUCACGAUCUACAGGGUAUGGGCAAAAUAAAUUUUCGGAGCAUUUCUGUUACUGAAUUCUAUUUUGAACAAUAAAAUGUGUAUUAUUAUCAUCCAUCAUUAAUAUUAAUUUCAUCAUAAUCAUCAUACCACUAUAAUCAUCAGUACUUCAAGUCUGGAGCAGUUUUCUUCAUGUUGAUUUGUAAUAAAAUAUUGCAAUUAUUGGAGCAAUAUUUUCGAACCAGCAGGCCAAAAACUUGCCUGUAUGUCUAAAAUGCAGUGCCUCAAAUUAUUUAAAACCAAGAAAAUGAUUUUGAUGAAUUUUCAUGACAGUAGAUCCUCUCUAGAUUUCAAGAUGGUGGCCAUUUUGCAGCAUAUCUAUUGGACAGAUUACUGGGGGCAUUUUCAAUAUCCCUAGAUGCCAAACUUUAAAAUAAUACGUUAUGUGAUACUAGAUAAAGUGAUUUGUUUCAAUGAUCUUUUUUUCAUGGCAGCCAUCUUGGAUUUCAAGAUGGCUGACAUUUUGCUUCUGACUCGGGAUCAGAUCACUGAGGGCCAGCAAUUUUUUAAAUAAGCACCCCACACUCCGUCGAUAUGUCAAAGUGCAAUACUGCAGAUCAUAUGAAGAAAUAAUUUACAGCCUCUCAACAGAAAAUGAUUGUUCCGGAUGGUUAUUAUUCAACCAAAGCCACUUCAAAUGUGUAACUGCAGAAGAAGCUAGCUGGUUUGCGUAUGUAUGGUGCUUCAUACUUAAGUAACAUCUAUAUCAGCAAUUAAGGGUGCCAAAGUAUUGUAAUCCUUGCAACGGACAAAGAUGUGCUUGUGUUGGAUUUGUUUUCAGUGCCUAUACAAUGGGUUUUACUCACCAUUAUAAUGUUGUACAUCAUUCAAACUUGGUAACCAUAUUGGAAUUCAAAAUAGCAUCUAUUUAUUAUGUUCUUUUCAUUGAUCAAGGAUGUAAAGAUCAAGUUUUUCUCCAAAUCUAAAGUGUUACAGGCCAUACGUAAGACUUGGGCAAAUUAUCUUUCAUGGCGGCCAUCUUGGAUUUUAAGAUGGCGGCCGUUUUGUCGCUGACCUGGAGGUCAAAUUGCUGGGGGCCGGCAAUAUUUGACAUCAGUGCCUCAAAAAACACCUAUAUGCCAAAUUUCAGUGUCACAUAUCAUGUAAAACUCAAGAAAAUGAUAUUUAAUGAGUUUUCAUGGCGGCCAUCUUGGAUUUCAAAAUGGCAGCCAUUUUGCCGCCGACCAAAUUCUCAAAUUGCUGGGGGCCGGCAAUAUUUGAAAUCAGUGCCUAAAAAUACCCCUAUAUGCCAAA